AUGGCGGUUACCACUAGGAGUGGUAAGGUAUUUGCUAGCCUUCCUGCGAGCAAGCCUGAGGAUGAUAUUUUAGCAGAUGAUGUUAAAGAAAUAGAAAUUGAUCUUCUAGUUGAUGUGUUAGAGAAGAUUAAGGGAAAGGAGGCUGAAGUGGUGGUUACCACUCUUCCAAAACCUCCUCCUCUAUUUCCUUAUCGGUUAAAGAAGAAGGCCAAUGACACAAAGUUUGGCAAAUUUGUGGCCAUGCUAAAGCAGUUAAUGAUUAAUUUGCCACUGGAGGAGGCAUUGGAACAAAUGUCCGGGUAUGCAAAGUUCAUGAAAGACCUUGUCUCGAAGAAGCAGACGGUUAGCUAUGAGCCGGUAGACAAUCUUCAUUAUUGUGGUGUUAUCUCCAUGAGGUCUUUAAUACAGAAGAUGGCAGACCCGGGAGCAUUUACCAUCCCAUGCACUAUUGGGCCUUUUAACUUUGCAAAAACUCUAUGUUAUUUGGGAGCUAGUAUAAACUUGAUGCCACUUGUGGUGUAUAAGAAAUUGGGUUUGGCGGAUCCUACUCCCAUAAACAUGAGACUAGCUAUGGAAGACAGAUCUAUGAAGUAUCCCAUGGGGAUUCUAUAUGACAUAUUUGUAAAGGUGUCCACUUUUAUAUUUCCAGCUGAUUUUUUCAUUCUUGAUUGUGAGGUGGAUUUUGAGGUGCCCAUAAUCUUGGCUUGA